AUGCGCCGCGUGCCGCUAGCCGCGCUGCUGCGGCUGCUAUUCAUCGCAGGCGGCGCAAACCUCGCCAACCCCUACAGCGACGACCGCGUCGACCUCAACCAAGUAUGGGUGGACAUCCCGCCCUCACCAGUCGCGCUGGGCGGCGACGUGCGCGUGCGCGUAUUGGGCGCGCCGCCCACCGCCGCGCUGCGCCUGCGCCUCGCGCGCGACGACGCCGACGGCCGCGCCCAACUUGCCGCCAUGCCCCUCGCGCUCGACGCCGACAGCCGCCUAACCCUCCCCUGCGGAUACUUCUCUAGAGGCGGCGUCUACUACCUCGAGCUCAUCUCCGAAAAUUACCUCGACUACAACACUACAAACCGAAUCAAACGCGACAGCGGAGUCAUUCUCGAAAGCGGGGACAGUAUCAUCAAAUCCUGGAAAUUCGACGUCCUCUGGCCGACUGCGAAAUUGGAUGUGACUCCGGAACAGAUCCAGACGUAUCCUGAGAGGCAGGUGACGGCGAUCCUGGAGUUUCCAAGAGCGGUUUGCGCGCCGGUGGAGCCGGGAGCCGACUUCUGGCUGGAGCUGCUGUACUGUGGCCACUCCAGCGGCGGCGCCGUGCUCUGCGACGGAAAGAACACCAGCUCGCACGCGCACGUGCUCUACUCCGAACAGAUGCAUGGGUUCCCGGGGCGGCGGACUAUGACGCUGCGUUGCGAGCUGUUCGGGCAGGCGGGGGACUACGCCCUCACGCUGCGUCCCGCCGCCCCAGCCGGCCCACAGGACUCUGCCGCUGCCUUCAUCAAGGCGGACUGGUCGGAGCAAUUCGUCCUGAACGUCCACGGAGGGUCGGUCCUGCCGUGCACUGACGGCCAACGAGUGCUGUUCCAGUAUCCUGAGUGUGUGCUAGAGGGCGCUGACAGGAUCAGGGUUUUCGGGAGGGACGGCGAGCGGCUAAGAUACGUCGCCGAGCAGAGGGUGAAGAGAGGGCAGCACACAGCCUCCUUCGACUGCAGACUGUUCACGGAGCGCUACCCCGAGUACUGCUUCGUGUACGUGUCGCAGGCUGUGACCGGCGCCGUGACUGACGUCAGAAUGGACUGCCUGCCCACUUCGCCUCUAUCAGAGGGCGGCGCGGGCGGCUGGAGCGAGUGGUCGGCGUGGUCGCCGUGUCCCGCGCCCACGCACUGCUCGACGCGCACGCGCAGCCGCCACCGCUUCUGCGACUCGCCGCCGCCAGCAUACGGCGCUAAGCAGUGCGACGGCGAAGCGGUCCAGCUAGAAGCGUGCGAGUGCACAGCGCCGCCCUGGCCCGGGGACAGCUCAGCUGUGGUGGCUGAAGUGGGCGCCAAGUGCCGCUGCGGCUGCGUGUUGCACCUGGCGCCCGCCGCGCGCCUCGCCGCCUGGCCUGGGGACAGCUCGGCUGUGGUGGCUGAAGUUGGCGCCAAGUGCCGCUGCGGCUGCGUGUUGCACCUGGCGCCCGCCGCGCGCCUACUGGCGGGCUCGGCGCGCGCCUGCCCCGGCCGCUCCUUCUGGCUCAUGCAGGCCGAGGAAGGGCUAGUGGUGCGCCUGCGCAUGGAAGCAGUGCGUCUGCCGUGCGCGGGACAGGCGCUGCGCGCGCGCGACGGAGACUCGCUCGCGUCGCCGCUGCUCGCCUCGUGGGACGGGCCCGACAGCUCCGCCAUGGUCAUUGCAGAAGUUGAACCAUUCUGUCUCUAUAUCUUUUGGAACAUCUUCGUCCCAUCCCUGGCGGCGCUGUGCCUCGCGCUAUACUCGGCGCAUCGGACGCGCGUCUACCAGCGAGCUGCCGAUAAGGAGUCUUUGACUGACAGCGACGCGUGCUCGGCAUCGCUGGAGCUGACUGGCGGCGCGGCGGGCUCGCGAAGCACACUUCUAUCGGAGGUGGUCGGCGGCACGUCCCUGCGGCGUCUGUUGCCUUCACGCGGAAGACACACGCGACUCCGUGACGCAGACCGCUCCUCCGAACAUAACGACCAAAGGGAAGAAGACGACGAACAAGGCACGGAUGUAGACGUUGAAGGCGCUGACAACGUCAGCGUGGCCAGCGCUGCCAGUCAGGCCACUAUUACACCGGAGACUGUGUCAGCCAGUAGCGCGCCAGUAGAGCGAGCUCGCGUGCCGUCUUCGCCGCUACGUCGGUCACACACCGUGUCUGUAGCCAGUGGGGCGCCGCAAGCCACCGUCACUCCAGAGACUGUGUCAGCGAGCAGCGCGCCAGUAGAGCGAGCUCGCGUGCCGCCUUCGCCGCUACGUCGGUCACACACCGUGUCUGUAGCCAGUGGGGCGCCGCAAGCCACCGUCACUCCAGAGACUGUGUCAGCCAGCAGCGCGCCAGUAGAGCGAGCGCGCGUGCCGCCUUCGCCGCUACGUCGGUCACACACCGUGUCUGUAGCCAGUGGAGCGCCGCAAGCCACCGUCACUCCAGAGACUGUGUCAGCCAGCAGCGCGCCAGUAGAGCGAGCGCGCGUGCCGCCUUCGCCGCUACGUCGGUCACACACCGUGUCUGUAGCCAGUGGAGCGCCGCAAGUCACGCCACCAUCUCAAUCCACGACCAACGAGUCGGUGGCCGUGGACGUGAGCACGAGCGUGACGAGCGUGACAAGCGUGACGAGCGUGAGCGAAAGGGACGACUGCAGCGAGAAGGACAAGGACAGCGCGUGGGAGAAGGACCGCAGCGCGAGCCGAGCUUCGUCUUCCACGUCCGCUGCUACGCUUACCAACGGCUGGUACUCUCCUGCGCUAAGCGGCGUGGCGUCCGCUCGCAUCCGGGACAACCCGAAGCACACCAAGGAGACCUGCAACCGGCGCCUGCUGCGCUCCGACCUCAGCCUCGCCAGCCACCCUGAGAUGGAGAUCGACUACUACGACUAUGAGGUCAAUAACGCUGGCUCCGUUCCCGGGUCGUAUCUGGGGAUGGAUCCGGCGUUCCUGGUCUGGAUACCGCCCCUUGAGGAGGGCGACAUCAUCAAGGAGAUCGACGACACCAAAGGUCCUAUUUACGAGGAAAUCCUGCCCAAAGACCUCCGACCCGACCCCGGCAGCAACACCGAGUCUCCGGAAGAGAGACCAUCAUCUAGUGCUCUCAAGAGGAACCCUGAACUCCGCGCCGCCUCCAGCGAAUCUGUAAGGCGCCGGGACCGCGGCCUCAUACCGCCUCUCAACUUCAGCGCCACCGACCUCCAAGCCUCCCCCAAGAUGAACAAGCGAAACAAAAAGAAAAAAGACGACCCCCCCAUCCCCAUGAAAGAACUCACCCUCAACAGAUCACCCGUCAAAGUCCACAGAAAAGAAAAACCCGACCACGACUCGUCGACCUUAAAAAGAGUCAACGACACUGCCCGAGAAACCAACGCCGACACCCUCAAGAGAACAGACUUCAACGACCUGAAAUUCGCUGAUGAAACGUCAGACUCGUCUAACGAAAUCAAAUUUGCUGACGACUCACCGGAUAGUAAUAGAUUAGCCGACAAAUACGAUGCUAGAGCGUAAACCGAUAUCGAACGCGUAAAGACUUAAUAAAUCCAAAUCGAAAUUCUUAUUUUAUCCAUUGCCAAAACGUUAGGUAUCCCAAAGAUCACCCACUAGUCGAAUGUAAGGACCAAUCUGUGAAUAAACCGUAUUUACCUAUCUUUCAUAUCAUCAAAUCAUAUAAAGUAGCACGAUAUAUAUUUUUAAGAGACUUUUCAUCUAUCACCUUCACCCAAAGGUUAAUAGCGUCACAUCUAGGGUAAAGUGGUAGAGUUUUAUAAUCAAAUCUUUCUCAAGAUGGUAGGAAUGUAGGUACGCUCAUAGUGUCUGUUGAUUCUUCGUAUACAUACAUUUUUGAUUCGCAAAAUUCAUUCGGUAUUUUCAUUGUAGAAAAGGGGCAGAAGAUUUUUAAUGUGAAGAAAGUUGAGUAUUAACUACAAAUAUGUACGAGUACUUAAACAUCAGUGAUCAAUAAUGUGAUAUCGUGCCUGUACUUUAGAUCUGAGUCAUCAUAGCAAAUCAUCUACAAAGUUCUCGUCUUCGAAAAAUUGUCUCUUAAUAUUACAAUCAUACGCCCCUAUAACUCCGAAAAUAUAUUAGAGUCAUUCAUGUAUAUUUUUAACGUGUGGAUAAUUUUCACUCGGCUUUUGAGGCUUUAUUAAUGUUGAGGAAAUGUUUCUCUAAACCGUUUUUUUUAAUCUAGCUAUAUUUCAAGCAAAGUGUAUGAUCAUAAAAUUGCUCGUUACUGUUUUCACGUCAGCAAUGUAUUAUGUGAGCUUAUUUCUUCUCAUUUUCAUCGUGUAAUAUUUUAAACAUUAACUGUAUCAUACGUUUAUUUGGUAAAUUAUUUAUUUAAAUGUAUUUUAGAAGACUGACGAUUUCGGGCAGUGCAAUACUUCAUUGUGUUGGUAAAACGCAAAAUAAUAAUACAGUAUUGAAGUAUUUUGGCAAUAAAAUCAUUCCUUUUUUGAUCUAGUCAAUGUGUCAAAGAUAAAUUAUGUAUUUUAUUUAUAUUAUUUUAACAAUUUAUUUAUUAAGUUCUCAAAUAUUGCAUAAUUACUUUGUGAGAAUAUAGGAGUAAGUAUUAUAGCGAGUUAAUUUUUUAACAUUAUUAUAAACCUAUAUUUAAUAACCUUUAGCAUUAAGUGAAAUGUUGUUUUAAAUGUUUAGUUUGAAAACGCCAAUAAAAUGUUUUUAUUUUGUAUUUGAAA